UCCUCCUUACAACACAUGAACAGGAUUCUCGUCCUCCCCUUUUCACCAUGGGGAGUGUACAGAUUUUAAUAUACCUACAAGGGACCGUUUUAAUGAAGUAUACAAUGUAUAAUGAAAGAGAACGUUUGGAGGGUUCUUGGAAAACGGUCACAGGACUCGGGACACUUUGACGGGGGGGAGGAGUUACGGUGCUGUGUUCGUUGAACUUUUUUGGGAUUUCGUUAAACUCGCCAUAGCGUUUCAGGCGGAGGACAGUAAAGGCAACAUGGUUGACUGGCAGGCUACUACAUCCAAGAUCGUGUUUGAAAACGGGACCUUGACGGUGACGGUAAUGUAAUGGUGUGAUUUAUAGCCUACGCAUUGCACGCUGAGUAUCUACAUUCUUAGUGCGAAGUUUCCCACCACCGACCCAUUUGGUUAACGUCGCAUGCCCCUCCAGAAAACGGAUCUCUCCAGAUCAUUCCGGAUCUCUCUCCCCUCGCCCCUAUAGUGGAUUUGGAUAUGUGAUAGUGAUCCACCAAUGGGAUGGUAGGGAUCUGGUGAUGGGGGAUCCAGUGGGGGGCUCUCUUCUGUAUGAUGGUCAGAGACACUCUGGCAGGAACCACAGUGGAACCAUCGCAGAACCACACGGCACCCACACAGAACCAGGACGGAACCCAGCAGCUUCCAGGGAAAACCCUAGAACACGUAGAACAACAGAACCAACUCCUAGAACUCGAGAACUUAGAACUCCUAGGUCAAGAGAAUGAAGUCUUAGAACAACAGAACCUAGAACAACAGAUCCAACUCUUAGAACUAGAGAAUACGGUCCAGACCAGCACAGACAACCUGACCAGACCUCCAGACAAGACUAGUUCUGGCGGUCCUCUCCAUCUCUGGUGGUCUCAACAGAGCAGCUUUAGAACGGCUAGACCCAAUAUCCCUCUCCCCUGGCCAAGCCCCAGACCCUGCCUUCUCCCCAUUCCUCUCCCCUGGCCAAGCCCCAGACCCUGCCUUCUCCCCAUUCCUCUCCCCUGCCUCAGACUCCCUCUCCACUUGCCCGAUCCGAUCCCAGACUACUGGACCACACACCUCCGGCCCUUCUUCAGCCAGCAGGAGUAUGUUGUAGUGCGACACACACACCGUCAGCUGGUUCACAGUGGCUACUACUGGGGCCCUAUGGAGAUGGAGGAGGCCCACCGCACACUUCUACACACACCGCCUGGGAGCUUCCUCAUCAGGGACAGCAGUCAGCCGGACGUCUUCUUCACCCUCAGUUACCACGGCGACCAGGGGCCCAUCAGUGUCCGCGUCCUCUUAACCAGUCAGAGGUUCCGCCUCAACGGCAGUAACAAGGCCUUUGAUUCAUUGUUCGCCUUGCUGCGGUUCUACAUGGAGUCAUCCCAUAGGCGGCUGCGGAGGGCGUGGCGCAGGGAGCGACCGAUGACCUUACAGCAGCUGUGUAGGGGGCGAAUCAUCGAGUUGUAUGGAGCGGAGAGGAUAAAUUCACUACCUGAGCUUAACCAGGUGGUCACACAGUAUCUACAGGACUAUCCUUACAGUAUAUAGACACACCCUCCUACUGGAGAGUUUGGGGACCAGUUCCAUUUCAACAGACUGAAACUCUCUGGACGGUACUGACCAAAACUAAAAUGGAAUGGCGCCCCAGAAAACUGAAUGCGAAUUUGCUGUUUCUUACACUCUCUGUCUCUGGUCUGUGGUUCUGUCUCUGGUCUGGUUCUGUGGUUCUGUCUGUGGUUCGGUCUCUGGUCUGUGGUUCUUAUCUGUGUGGUUCUGUCUCUGGUCUGGUUCUGUGGUUCUG